AUGUCUUCAGUAAGUGUCUAUAUUUUUUUGAUUUUGGAACUGUUCGUAUUGUGUCAAGCUUCAGUCCAUACCAUUCAAAUUAAAGAUAAGCAUUUUGUUGACACAGUAACUGGAAAACUGUUCUUCAUUAAAGGUGUUGAUUAUCAGCCAGGGGGUUCUUCAGAAGUCAGUGAAAAGCAGGACCCAUUAUCUAAUCCUGAAGCAUGCGCUCGUGAUAUCUUAUUGUUUCAAGAAUUGGGUAUAAAUACAGUAAGAAUUUAUUCCAUCAACCCAGACUUAAAUCAUGAUGCAUGUAUGACGAUGUUGGCAAUGGCAGGAAUUUAUCUUAUUUUAGAUGUCAAUUCACCAUUACAAAACCAACACCUGAAUAGGUAUGAACCGUGGACUACGUACAACGAGGUUUAUCUGGAGCAUGUUUUCAAAGUUGUUGAACAGUUUUCUCAUUACAAUAAUACCUUGGGGUUUUUUGCUGGUAAUGAAAUUGUAAACGACAAACGAUCAGCACAGUAUUCACCAGCAUAUAUUAAGGAGUUGAUCGGAACUAUGAAAAAUUACAUAAGUGUACACUCCCCUAGAACCAUCCCGGUAGGUUACUCUGCGGCCGAUGACCUGAGCUAUAGGGUAUCAUUAUCUCAAUAUUUGGAGUGCAAGGUUGAUGAAAAGCCCGAGAAUAGUGUCGACUUCUAUGGUGUUAACUCUUAUCAAUGGUGUGGUCAACAAAAUAUGCAAACUUCAGGGUAUAAUACAUUAGUUGAUACUUACAGGAGCUAUUCAAAACCAGUUUUUUUUUCAGAGUUUGGAUGCAAUAAAGUUUUACCAAGAGAAUUCCAGGAAAUAGAUUAUUUAUUCUCUGAAGAGAUGUAUUCUGUGUUUUGUGGAGGUUUGGUUUACGAAUUUUCACAGGAGGAUAAUAAUUAUGGUUUAGUUGAAUAUCAAGGAGAUGAUAAGGUACAACUAUUAGCAGAUUUUGAGAAGCUUAAAUCGCACUAUCAAAAUGUUGAGUUUCCUUCUAUGAAAACUUUAAAAGAGACUACAGAGAUGGAGGAGACGCCAUCAUGUAUUGAAGAUUACGAGAAUUUGAAUAUUGAAUCUAAAAUUGCUAAAAAUUUGGGAAGUUCUUUGAUAAAGAAAGGUGUUAAAGUCGAUAAAGGCAAAUAUAUAGAUAUUCACGAGAAUCAACUGUCUAGUAAUAUUACCAUUUUAGACAUACAUGGUGAUAGCUGGGGUGGACCGAAAAAGAUUGCAAUUAGACAAAGUCUGUCGUUAUCAGACCACGAAGAGGGAAAACAAGAAGAUGGGGAUGAAGAUGGGGAUGAUUUGAAACGAAAGCACCGAAAUUCAUCCUCAACUACCGGCCCAUUAUUACCUCUUGGAUGGUUUUUGCUUUUUUAUACUUUGAAUACUAUCUUUUAA